UACGGUUAUGGUUACCAUUUAAUACUCGCAGUCUCGCAUCUCAACUCAACACUGGUGUAACGUAACCAUGUAAAGUCGAACAAUUUGAGACUGCUCGAAGAAGAAGAAAAUGUCCAAUGAAAGGCACAGUUCCGGGAUUGCAUCUCCCGAAGAUAAUACUUUAUUCCUUGACAUACUACAUGAGGCACCUUUAUUUGGUCGCCGGAAGCCUACACGCAUUGCUGGGAGCAUUUUCUACUGUUUUCUAUUGGCAAGCAGGUUUUGCUAGUUUGGCUGUGGGCGCCAGUUGGGUGUUUCAUCCCAUCAAAGAAUUAGUGCCUCCCCUUCUAUGCAGUUGUAAUGUAGUCCUCUUAUUUACCACAGGCAUUUUUCAACAAUACCUAGUACACCAAGUGAAAAAAAUCCGACUACAGGGCUACUAUGUUUUCAGCCAGAAGUUGAAGCAUAUAGUUCGCUUACCAUUUGCUGCAGUUGCUUAUGGAACCGCUGCAAUGUUGCUUGUCAUGGUCUGGGAACCACACAUUAGCUUUCUCUCAAUGUCUAUGUUACUCAGAAUCAUUUUACUGGUUGAAGUAGUAUGUGCUAGUUCCUUCAUGAGUGCAUAUAUUGGUUAUGUGCAUCAGUACAACUCGCUUGAUUCUCAACCUGAUGUUUUAAAAUCACUUUAUUCGCCGCUUCAACCAUCAAGCUCUUUGGAGGGUUUAAGGUAUCAUGAUGGUGGCCGGCUCUCUGAUCAGCAGAUGGCUUUAUUGCACUAUCAACAAGAAAAUAUUCACUUUUUGAAUGAGGAGAUACUUAGAUUGCAAGAAUGCUUAUGUAAAUAUGAAGGAUGCAAUGAUGGGAGUGCGCCUCAGGUUGAUCUUGCUCAUCUGUUGGCAACUCGUGAUCAGGAAUUACGCACGAUUUCAGCUGAGAUGAAUCAAAUGCAAUCUGAGCUAAGGCUUGCUCGAUCACUUAUUGCCGAGAAGGAUGCUGAGAUUCAACGCUUACGUGGUAUAAACAAUCAGUAUGUGGAGGAAAAUGAAAGACUCAGAGCGAUUCUGGGGGAAUGGAGCAGCCGAGCAGCUAAGCUUGAGCGCGCAUUAGAGGCAGAGCGGAUGUCAAACUUUGAGUUGCAGAAGAAAGUGAGCUCGUUAAGAAGCCAAAGCCCAACUGCAUGAGGGAUUUUUAGCUUGUGAGGGAGCUUCAAUACAAGUUUUUUAUUCAUUGUUUCGUUUUCAUCUUAAAAGUUACUAAUUUAUGCUUAUCCACUGAAGAUAAUCCUAGGCGUUCCUACUUCACAGUUAUAGUACGAUAGUAUGUUAUUAUGCUUCUUUUUAAGUAAAGUAGUAAACCUUUCAGUUUCAAUUGCGAGAGUUCCAUCAAAA